AUCCAAGGUAAGCUAAGCCAUGGUUCGACGCAUCAGCUGUGGCCUGAUGCACUGACCUGGCGCAGUGUGACGGAGCCAACCCAUGUGGUCGGUGUAGGACAGAUAAUGCCAUCUGUGUCUUCGGCGAGCGAAAGAAGGCUCACGACAAAGUGUACCCCAAGGGAUACGUUGAAAUGCUCGAACAGCAACAGGCAUGGCUAGUCUACGGACUCCAAGAGCUUUACCGACGAGCCACAGAAGGCGACGGCUGGCCUGGCGAACCUCUGCAAUGCGAGCCAAACGGCCAUCCGCUGACGCACGAUCUACUGACUCGACUGGGGGCUCUGGACCAGACAAAAGGCGAGCGCUUUGAGGAGAGCACGGAGGCAAUGCAGCAGGAACUAUGGACUCAGAACGCCGGACACAUGCAACGCCAAGAUUCGUCCGAUGGAAGCUCCGACAGCGCGCAAUCGCCCACUGUUCCCACUCGGUUUUCCGAUCCCUUUGCUCAUCAGAUGCCGCCCACACCCACGACAUUCAGCGCUCCUCGUGCCCAGGGACCCACGAUCAAGACCGAACCGCAGAUAACCCCAUCGAAUCCCGCAUUUGCAGCAUCCAUGUCCAUGCAGGGGGUGGUCAACCCCUUGGCACUUCAGACCCCGCAACAAUGGCCCAGCAACAAUUUCGGCUCUUUUGAUGACAUCGACCUGAUAGGGGCCUCAGAUUACACGAACCUUUCCUUCGAUGAGCAGGUCUCUUCACCUAUGUUCAACCGGUCGAUUCCCAUGAGCUGCAUGUUGACCUCAUCGUAUAUGGAUACCAAAAACGACUACGAAGACAUUAAUCAGUUCCUGAAUGCAAACGCAGCUGAGAUCGCGUCUACUUAGUGAUCCUCUAAAUGGGGAGAGUCUCAACCACUGUGACGCGGCAGCUGUGUAAAUAUACAACAUAUACAUGCAUGCCCUGUCCUUCCAGCGUCUUGUUCAGUGCCACUGUCUCUUUUCCUGGGAUCGAAUGCUCUCCCACUCAUGGCGGAGAGCAGUGGCCAGACUGAACAGUGCGACUCUUUCUUCUCUAAAGUGGUUGGCCUCAUUCGAUCCGUUGCUGUGGAAAUAACCUACGGCUUCCUUGUUGUUUUUCACCUCGAUGUGGUCCUUUUUCUCCUUUUACCUCCAAUCUUUAUUGUGGCCCUUUUGAAUUCAGCCACUUUGAAACUUCAAGGAUAACAUUGGGUCUUGGUUGUGGGUUGGUUGGAUCUUGGGUUUUGGGUUUGUGAUGAUGAUGGUGCCUUGGUGUUCUGGUGUUGGCGUCUCAAAAUAGUGGCGGGACUGG